UCUGUUUGCACUGUAACGGAUGCAGUUAUUCUGUUUGCUAUGCUAGAUUAGUUAAAGAUUAGUGGUGUGGUUACCAGGAUACGUGUCCAGUAUGACCUGCUCCAUCUGUGUAUGGAACUGUACCGAUGUCUCAUUUCAGGAACUGUGGAAGUGGAGCGCAUCAUCAGCGCAAAACUACAGCUGAAGAAGAAAGCUGAGCACUUGAAGGCGGACCUGAUGAGGCAGUUCGACACUCAAGUCAAUGAAUUCAUGGACAGCCUGAUAGAGGAGUCUGCCAGUCUGGAUUCAUCCCGCGUGAGCACAGCCUUUCCUCUCCCGGAUAAGGAGAAAAGCAAACUCAGGCAUACACAACCUUCCCAAGGCCAAAGCAAGCAGUUUGUGAUCCGCCGAUCCCUUUUAGACGAUCUGUUUGAGGUGAACCACAUUCGCACCAUCUAUCACAUGUUCAUCGCCCUCCUCAUCCUCUUCAUCUUCAGCACGCUCGUCGUGGACUUCAUCGAUGAGGGCAGACUGGUGCUUGAGUUUGAUCUGUUGGUGUACGCGUUUGGCCAGUUCCCCCUAGUGGUUGUCACGUGGAUGUGUAUGUUCCUGUCCACGCUUGUAGUUCCAUAUGUAUUGCUCAGUGUCUGGGCUAGCGUUUACCCCGCGUCAAACCAUCGGGCCUUAUGGACGGUGCUGGCCGGUUCUCUCUUGCUGCUGUACCAGGGACUGUGUUUGGGUUUCUUGCCCACAUACGUGGUGCUGAAGAACAGCCUUCCCCCUGCUUCAUGCUUCAUACUUAUUCUAGAACAGGUGCGGCUGAUAAUGAAGGCUCACUCUUUCAUCAGGGAAAAUGUGCCAAGAGUGCGAUCCUUAGAACGAAACAAAGCAAAUUCUUUAGCUGUACCUCAGUUCACCCAGUACAUUUACUUUCUAUUUGCACCCACCCUGAUAUACAGAGAUAAUUAUCCACGAAAUCCAUGUAUUCGGUGGGGUUACGUGGCUACAAAGUUUUCGCAGGUUCUGGGCUCUUUGUUUUAUGCGCACUACAUAUUUGUGCGUGGCUGUGUAUCCCUCAGUUCCGUGAGCAUCAGCAUGCAGCUCUUUGAUCUGAGGGCCAUGGUGUUGUGUGUCUUCAACUCUAUACUGCCAGGAGUGCUGGUGCUUUUUUGCAUUUUUGCCUUUCUUCAUUGCUGGCUUAAUGCAUUUGCUGAAAUGCUAAGGUUUGGAGACAGAAUGUUUUAUAAGGACUGGUGGAACUCUACUUCAUUUGCCAACUAUUACCGCACAUGGAAUGUUGUAGUACAUGAUUGGCUUUAUUACUAUGUCUACAGGGACUUUCUGUGGAUGACACAGAAGCGAUUCCGUGCAGCGGCCAUGUUGAUCGUUUUUACUGUGUCUGCUGUGGUGCACGAGUACGUUCUGGCCAUCUGCUUUGGCUUCUUCUAUCCCGUCUUGUUCUGCAUCUUCAUGUGCUUUGGAAUGGUGUUUAACUUCGUUCUUAAUGACCGGAGGAAAGGGCCGAUCUGGAACGUGAUCAUGUGGACUGCGCUGUUCUUGGGUCAGGGCGUUCUCAUCUGUCUCUACUCUCAGGAGUGGUAUGCGCAGCGCUUCUGCCCCAUUCAAGAGCCUUCUUUCCUAGACUUGCUGAAGCCUCGAUCUUGGACUUGUACGCCACAGACUAACACUGCCGUACGUGCUCACUGAAGACCACAAUACCAGCCUCCAGACGAAUCAGAUUUGUCCUUAAUGUAUUCUGGAACUUUUUUUUAGCAUUCUAUAGGUAUUGCACUCUGACCAAACAAACUGAAAAGUGACAAUCGUACUUUAUAAUCACGAGGACAAUGUUUUACGAAGAGGCCUUAGAUAUUUAAUAUUUAUUAUGACAUCCACAUUAGAAUGCAGAACGGUUAUAAUGUGCAUUAGGAUUAUUUCUUUGUUUCUUUUCAAAAGUUUUUGGCAGUCUAUUUUAGGUUAUGUCUGAUCUGGCUAAAGAGAUUCUAUUUUUAGAAGCCUCUGUGAUGUUGAGGAGUUGACUUGAGAUCGGAUUAUACAGUAAAUGUGUUUUGUUUACUGCCUCUUCUUAGAUAGUGUUUGAUAUUGUGGUGUAAAUCCAGCACUGGAGAGGCCAUGGAAGAUUAUACAUGUGGUGCAUUUUAACCAGUAUGGCCGGACUACUCAAAACUUGAAUAUUUACAAGCUGGGUUGUGAAUUCUAAAACCCCAGUGGAUUUUAAAUGAUGUGCCAUACUGCUGUGAAAAACAAAAAUAGUUUAAAAUAGUUUACUUCUUACAAUUUAUUCCUAGAGUUUUAAUUAAAAUGACUUUGAUUUGGGGGAAAUUGUUCUUUCUGCCAGUUUUAUUUGCUUUAGUUACUGUUCGAAGAGUUGGACUGAUAGGUCUGGACUUUGGAAAUUUGGAUUUCAUGUUUUUUUCCUUU